CGUAAUCCCGACUCCGGCACUUGACGGGUUUGAGAAAGAUGGAGCAUCAGUACUAGGGGAUACAUUUCUCUAGAUGUAUUAUGCGUUGCGCCGAAAAGUAAGAACGUAAAGCGACUUUAUUUGCCACCUUCGUCUCGACAAUCCCAGGAUCCAUGCGUCUCGUAAACGUUAUCGUUUCCCGUUAGCUAGUCACUACAUUAGUGCGUUGACCAGCUAAAGCCUUGACUAAGUUAACUUAGCUCAUUAAAACGCGUCUCCUUCAUUCUUACUGAAACAGAAAGCUGUUUGCACAACGCCUGUAAUUAGUUCAAUAAUGUUUUUAUCUACGUUUCCCGCCGUCGUAACUGUAGCUAUUGCCGUUUUUACCACUUGGAACAGGCCAAAUUGAACUGUAACCCCUGUCGUUUCACUCAGUCUGCUCUCCAUCAUGUGGAUGUGCAUCGCAGCUUUCCUGCUGGGGACGAGGUUGGGAGGAUGCGCAGAGACGGCAAAUACAUCAGAGCUCAUCGAAUUCGCAGCUGCAGAUUUUUAUGAAAAAUUACAUUCAGGGAAGAUGAUGUUUAUUUAUUUUGAAUAUAAAGUCUCUCCAACCAUCUCUUUGUUCUUGGUGGAGUUGGAGAAGUCUGCCGAAGCUCUGCAGGAUUAUGGGAUACUGGUUGGCAAGGUCAACUGUAAUAGAGAGGUGGUUCACACAUACUGCACAGAUCAAAGACUGAUGCACAGUGUUUUUCUCUUCAGGGGUGGUAAGGAGUUCUUGGGCUUGGAUUUGGACACCGUGUUUGAUGUGAACUCCAUAGUCUCUGAAGUCCUCUUUGCCAUUCUGCGUGAAGAGGUCAAGUAUGUCCACACAGACACGGACCUCAUGGCCAUGGAGAAGGCAGCCAGAGGCAAGAAAGACAUUGUGCUGGGAUACGUCCACAGUCUGGGGACACAGGAGCACAGAUCAAUCAUGGAGACAGCAUAUGUGUAUGGAUCCAAAUACCAGUUCAUCCUCAUAACAGGAGGACCAGUCCUGAAACAGUUGGGCGUGAAUGAAUCGUCUCACUCGUCUGGGGUGUGGUUCCUCCACUGUAGAGUUCACAGCGGGUUCACGACCCCCAUGACCUCUGAACGCUGCCCGGUGACUCCUAUGAGGAAGCCUCUGUCCACCCUCAGCCUCCACUCCUUCCUCCAACUCAUUGAGGCUCCACUAGUGUCUGAAGUAUACGAUGACCCCUCCACGGUGCAGCCUCCCCAGUUUCCCUACCAGCACACCCCCCAGGUCUUCCUGUUCUCUCGCCCUGUGACCGAACACCUCGACCUGGACACGGCCACCGCUCUGGCCUGGAGGCUUCGUGGCCUCGCUCAGCUGCUGCUUGUACACAGGCAAAGUCCUGCAGUGAAAACCCCUGAUGAAUAUAACGUCGCCUACAGGCUGCCAGAGAAGAGUUUAGAUGUAAAGUAUUUGACCUUACACAACAUGGAUGAGGUGUUGGAGCUUUUCACAAAUGAAGACAAGGCAGAAGACAAGGAGGAGGGUGGAGACGAAGGGCUGGAGGACGAGGAGGAUAACGCACAUUCUGGAGAGCUGGACGAUGAAGUCGCUGCGUCGGUCUACGAAAACAGAGGCAACCUGUUGGACUCUGACUUAUUUACUCAGAUAAGGUCUGACAACUUCCACACUGCAGUAGCACGGAGCGGCCUGACGGUGGUGCUCUUCUAUCUUAAAUGGGAUGCUGUAUCCAUGGCUUUUUUCAGCUCGUUCAUCGACGUUGCACAGAGCCUUGCAGACUCUGAGGUUGAUGACAUCCAGAUGGGCUCAGUCGACUGUGGAGAGUGGACGGACCUUUGCGCUGCUCAGUCAGGUGCUGCCCUCCCUGUCCUGUUCCAGCCAAUCACAGCCUUCCCCACCGUCCUGGUGUUCUUCCCCCAGGAGCCGGUCCUGCACUACAGAGGCAUGCUGGGUAGUGAGGCACUGCAUCGCUUCAUCAUGCUCUGUCGCUUUGCUGCUCCGGUGCUGCUGUCCCGCCAGGAGGAAGUGAUGUCAUUUCUUCAGGACGAGUCCUCUCAGGCAGCGGGCUACAGGCCUGACCGGGUUCUGGGCCUGUUCAAAGCCCAGACAGAUAUAGGCGUGUCAGUGUUUACAGAGGCAGCAAAGUCCCUGAGAGGCGAGGUGAUGACUGGUCUGCUGACUGACGGGCUGGCAGAGAAAUGGGCUGCAGACCACACUGCCGACCUUCCUGUGGUGUUGGUGUUUCCAUCUUGGAGGAAACAAACUCAUCCCUCCUCGCUGCCUGUGUCAUCCUCUGCUGAGGAGCUUCUCACACACAUCAACGACGCUCGGCUCCAUCCAAUGCCUGAACUGACAGUGGAAAACCUGCCGUCCUUCCUCUCUCUGGGUAAAAGCCUACUUCUGCUCUUUGUGGGGGAAGAAGAGGACGAGAUUGGACAUAGGCAGAACCAGGCGUUGGUGGAGGAGAUGAAACAAGUAGUAGAACUGGGAGGAGUGAGGAUGGAGCGAUACCUGGCCUGCUGGAUCCACCUGGGCCGUACUCCAGCAGGUAUGUCUGUCCUCGGGUCAUACCUGGGUUCUCUGCCCCCACUCCCUGCUCUAGUCCACACUCAUUCGCUCUCUGGGGAUGAAGUCUAUCAGUACCCCCCCAGCAGCCCCAUAGUGGCUCCCUCUGUCUUACAGUGGCUGCAGAGGAUUGAGGAAGGCACUGAGACCCCAGCAGGGAUGUUGGUUGAGGACACUUGGCUGCCCGAGGUCGAGUUCUAUGACUUUCUGAAAAUCAUAGACAUGCAGGAACCCGGCUCCGCAAAGCAGCGAACGCCUGAGGGAGAAGAGGACGACAACGAUGAAGAGGUGGACGAGGACAACGUGAACGUGGAAGAUGAGACAUGGGAGAAAGCAGCGGCGGUUCCCUCCUAUAGCUCUGCUCCUGACACUAAACAUAACACACACUCAGAACUGUGAGUAGAACGUGGGUAAGAUGCUACGAAGCCUGUUGGUGAAUUCUACCUGGAGUUGUCUACUGUCCGUAUGCCUUUACAUUAACAGACACGAACUGGUGGUUAUUCGCAGCAGUCGCCAUGUGUGUGUUCGUUGCCAAAUCUUUUUUCAGUUCAACAUAUCCGACUUUUUUACCCUUCAUGCGAUUUGAUGACAUCUCACUUACGAACCGUGUUGUUGCUCUUGUGACUCUACCCAGCAGUUAAAUCUAUAAAACGACUUCUCCUGAAUAAUGCAUCCACCUCUUAAGUGUCUCUCCUGAUGCGUGUUCAUCAGUACACAUCUGUAUGAUACACAAUCACUUAAUCUGAAACUAAAGGAGGUGCAGCAGCAAUGUAAUGCAUCCAACAUGAAACUCACUAAGCGCUCUUCAAAUCAGUGCGAGAUAUGAAACCACUCGCUGCAGGAGCGAGCAUGGACUUGCUAAUAGUAACACUUCAGACUCCUCACACAUCUCUCUGUGGGUCUGAAGUGUGUGUUCAUCUACCUCUUGAGCGAAACUGCCUUAUUAUGCAACAUGAAUGUCAGUACAAUGACAGCAGAGUACUUCGUUGUACAUCCCUCUUCAUGUUUAUGCAUAUGACGAGUUCAUCUCCAGACUAUGAAUUUCUACCUCUGAUCAUGAUCAUACUGAUAAUUCAGUCACCUGUGACUGUUUAUUGGCUGAUGGUUUGUUUUGCCUUUGAACUCAAAGAUGAGCAUUGUUGACAUGUGGUCAAAUGUUUGUGUUGCACAUAUACUGUACUGUUGUGUAUCAUUGUCACUCGCAUUUGGUUACAUUUAUAAGUUGACUAAUUAAGUGUCAUUUGUUCAAGGACCUAAAAAUGCAAAGUUCGUAUAAAUCUGAAUUUCCUAAUAUCACAUUUCUGUCACUUUUACUUAUCUUGCAUGAUCCUGUUAUUAUUACUAGUGAAUUAAAUUCUGUACAUGAAGUGGGUCAAAUUAACCCUGCCUUUAACAACUACAUGCUCCCAUUUCACAUUUUGUCACACCGAUACCCCAGGUUCAUACUGUAUGUAUUGUGUUGUGUCACUGGAUCCAGCAUCACUUUGUUUUUUGGCAGAUACUUGGUUUUCAUGUUUCCACUAGCUCUUCCCACACUAGUUGAAGAGUGUUGAGGCAGGUUGCAGAACCUCCCCUUUGUAAGCAGUUGUUAAAGUGCUUGGUCCAUUAGGAGGAUACCAGUGAACCUCAACGUUUACUUUUCUUUCUCGCUGUCACCUGUGAACAUGGUGUGAGGUCUCCCACAUUUCUUCAGCGACUUCAGUUGCUGUGGUUGUUUAUAUUCCUUAUACUGUAACUGCUGCUUUGUUUUUCACGUGGACAAAUGAAAUGGCAAAUGAUUUCUGUCGUUUUCAUGAAGUCAGACUCUGUCAGCUGUGUAAUGGAUAGUGAUAGAACUGGUGAUCACUUUACAGUCUGUUUUCCCUGCUGGUGGAAACUGUUUCUGGCAGACUAAAGCCAGUGGAUAAUGGAGUGUUUGGAUGUGGUCAUAGAUGGGACUUAACCCACUCAGACUUGGCUCCUUGGGUGGACCUGUAAGGUGCUUGUAGGGGAUGAAUUCACCAUGUUUGGUCUGCUCACCAUUGGUUUCUAUUGUGACUUGCAGACUUAUAUUAUCAGUAGGUCAAAGACACUAUGGCAGAAAACAUUAAACAUUUCACUGCUUCAAGUGAUUGUGAAGCUUGAUCAGUAUUAUGAGAAAUGUAUGACACCAUAAAUAAAAUCAUCAAAACCAA